GCACCUUAGCCAGGCCAUCAGGAGGAAGUCAAACAGUAUGUCCCUCGAGUCCACCCCCCACUGCGCUGCCAAGGCUUUGCAGGGCAGCAACAAUGCUAUGCGGCAACUGCGCCCACAGCCGCAAGGUUGUAUUCACUGCUGACUGCCCCGUUAGCAUCUAGGUGACCUCGUAUCACGACGUAGGCGCUCUGCAAAGGCCCCGCGACACGACAUACCGAGCGAGUACCGCCUCGACGACUGAGCCCUCCUCCGCGGUCUCCACGGUAGCGGCCGUCCCUCCGUUUUCUGCAUAUCUUCACUCUUGCCUGGAGCUCUUUAUGCAGUCGGUAUCUGCCAGCCAUAAAUCAUGGACACAGAGGAUGGACAGGUUUUCAUAAGAAACUUGGCGUACUUUGUACGGACACACGAGAAGGCGCUUGCCAAUGCCCUGCAAUUGCAGCGACAAGCUCCCAAACAUGGCCAGGCCAGUUCGCUCUCUCCGACUUCGCCGACCGAUCCAUCGAGCCCCCCAGCCUCCUCGUCUUCCAGCGUCUGGGCUGCGGCGCUCUCGCUUCCUUCGUUGACCUUCACCUCACCCACGAUCAAGCCGGCAAAGUUGACUCUUACGCCACACCAUCUGUUCUACCUGCUCUCGCGUUUCGAAGAGACCGCCAUCCCGGUAGGACCCAUGAACGUGCGUCUGGAGAACAUCCACACAGAUGCCUCGCCUACCAAUUAUGUAUCGUUCCUCAGCAACACUCAGAGACACAGGCAUAAGACCUCGGAUGGAAACUCGGUUCACUCGGUGUCGAGUGUGCGCAGCGUCAUGUCAGGCAUGUCGUCGCUGUGGUCGACCCUGCGGAUUGGAUCCAAUAGCGUAGCCAAAGCUGAAAAGCAAAAAGCUCUGCUGCAGGAGGACCUGAGAUACCUAUACUCUGCUUUUACCAAGAUUCCGUGCUUGCGCUUGGCUCCAGAUCACAAAGCUCGCCUGAUUGCAGGGUACGAGGAGUUUCCAUUCGACACUGCUGUGCCUCUUUUUGCCUUCAAAAAUGUCACCGCACUCGAAAUCUACGAUGUGGAUUUCCGGCAAUUCUAUGGAUGGGACCGACUCGCUGAGAAUCUCCGCAGCCUUACUGUGAAGCGAGCAGGUGUUGACGAUCCCGCCGACCUUCUUAUCAACAUAGUUCUGGACGACAUUGACAAGCGCCGCAGACGAUCCGCAAAAGCACCUCAUUCGCCUUCGGGACCCUGGCCUACUGCGAGCCCUACUGCAAGACACGCGCAUCUAGCCCGAUCCGAAGAAUCCCCGCCCUCAUCACCCAAUGCUAUCAGUAAGCAAGGAUCGAGCCCUCGCAAUUCUGAUAUCAUGCGCGACCAUAACGGCAAGGCAAGCGGAGCCCAGCGCCAGCGAAGCUCGUCACCUUCUCGUCCCACCAGCUCUCGACACGGCUCUGGUCACGGUCACAGCCACUCGAGGAGUACCGCCCCCAACUACCGACGUUCUUCCGGUAGCUCCGCUUCCAGCGUGCGUUCAAACACACCUAGGGGAAGUUCGUCAAAUCUUCUCUCCCUAGGAUGGUUCCCUUCGACAAAAUGGCGCUUCUUGAGACAUUUGAGUCUGGCUGACAACGCGCUCACGAACAUAUCUGCUAACAGUCUUGCGCCACUCACAAACACCUUGCAGUCGCUGGAUUUAUCUGCCAAUUUGUUCAGCGAAAUUCCAGAUAGCUUGGCCAGCCUGACUUGCCUACGAGCUCUCAACCUUUCGAAUUGCAUGAUCGAGGGGCUGCAGUCUCUGGCUCGUAAUCCUUUGCCUGCGAUCACCACCCUGAACCUGCGGUCCAAUCGCUUGUCAUCGCUAGCUGGCAUCGAGCGCCUGUUGUCGUUAGAACGUGUCGACUUCAGAGAUAACAACUUGACGGAUCCAACCGAACUGGCUCGCCUCACUGCUAUACCCGAUAUUACCGAGAUCUACGUCCAUCGCAACCCGUUCUGCAAAACAUACUCCAACUACCGAGUGACAAUUUUCAACUUGUUCCGCAGAACACCAGGCUACACCGAGGAUGUCAUAAUCGAUUCCACAGGACCCAGUAAUACCGAGAGGAAACAACUUGUCGAUCGAGCGCCUGAACUUCCUGGAGUCCCUAUCGUCAAGCCGCCAGUAGAGGAUGAAUUGCCCCCGCCUCAUGUCCCACCAAAGGUUGUCAAAGCUAUUGACUCUACGACUGAUGAUUCUGAAAUGCUCAGACGCUCGGGCUCGUUGCAGCGCCAGAAAAGUGCGCGAAGCUCGCAAGCUGCACAAAGCUCACAGCGGAAAAAGAAGGGUCCUAAACGAAGGAUUGUUGAGCUUUCACAGACUGAAGCGGCGCAACAGGCAGCUAGCUCAGGCCUGGCUGGUUUCUCGUAUGAAGAUACAUCGGCAAGGACACCACCCAGAAUCCAAAAGCCUACCACGACCGUCACAGUCCAAGACAAACCUCGCUUCGAUGAACCACACCAUGGGAAUAACACUGGCGAUCCAGUCAAGAGGGUUUCUCUGGACGAGCGUGUUGUUAUAGACAAAGCCCAUACCACUCACCAGCAACUACCACCUAUCGAUACUACAACCGAUAGCAAGGCCCCGCAGCUCCCCGAGCAGGAGUUCGAUGUGAGCAAUGACCUUUACAAAAAGAAGAUCGAGGCGCUUCGGCAAGAUUUCGGUAACACCUGGCUGAGUGCAUUGGGCGACGAAGCUUGGGACUCAGCAACGUCGGGUCUUUCUCCAGAGCGAGUGUACGAUUCGCCUACAAUAAGACCUGCGCCACCCCGGACACCCAGCCAGGGUAUUGUCUCAGGAGGCCGCACACUAGGCUGACAUUCACACCACCUUGAUCUAAUGACUUUUGCGAUACCCAAAAGAUUUGCGUUUUCUUU